AUGCCUAAGGUCUAUGGCAAGAAGAUAGUGGCCCGUCACGACCCUCUGGCCAUCGAAAUCAGCCAAGAUGAGCAGUUGGCAAAACACGGUCUUAUAUCUAAACCUGGUCGUCGAAAUAAGAGAGCCAGAAAGGAUGAGGUUGGGGAGGGCGAAACGUUGGAUGCUAAAACUUCGAAGAAGAUCCUAUCGCUGGCCCAAGCCCAGCAGGAUGAGAUCAACGGAGAGGAAGAAGACGGGAAGGAAGGGUCCACGGCUGAGCUUUUGAAUGGCCACGAGGGGGAAGAGGAGGAUGAGAAGGAGUGGGAUGAAGACGAAGAGUACGAAGAAUUGGAAAUUGAUCCCGAAGACCUAAACACUCUGGAAAGGUUGCUUCCAGAAGGCCCAAACACCCACCGGACACUCGCCGAUAUCAUUCUCGAAAAAAUAGAAUCCUCGAAAAGACCAGAUCAAACUUCAUCCGCACCAACUAUAGUCCCUGAUGGUUCCCUUGAUCCUGCGGCGGGACUCGAUCCAAGGAUUGUCGCUGUAUACUCAAAAGUUGGGGGACUUUUUCAAAAAGGACGCUACAAGUCUGGCCCAGUUCCCAAAGUUUUCAAAAUUCUCCCUACACACCCCGAAUGGGCACGAUAUUUAGCUCUUACCAACCCCGAGAAUUGGUCGCCACAGGCCACUUUCGAGGCAACCAAAAUCUUUAUCUCCAACCUUAAACCCGAGCAAGCCCGUGUGUUCCUCGAGGGUGUCGUCCUACCGAAUGUUAGAGAUGAUAUACAAGAGCACGGUGGGAAGCUGAAUGUCCACCUCUACAACGCUCUGAGGAAGGGCCUGUAUAAGCCUGCAGCUUGGUUCAAGGGGAUAUUGUUCCCACUAUGCAAGGGCGGAUGUACCCUCAAAGAAGCGUCGAUCGUUGGGUCCGUUUUGUCACGGGUCCGUAUCCCCAUCCUGCAUUCGGCCGCUGCACUCUUACGACUUGCUAGCAUGGACUACUCAGGCGAAGGGUCAACGUCUCUGUUCAUUCGAGUCCUUCUGGACAAGAAAUAUGCCCUUCCCUACCAAGUCGUUGACGGCUUGUGGUCCCAUUUCGUGCGUUUAGCUAACGAACGCAAGGCACCAAUGCGUCCCGGGGACAAACUCCCUGUGUUAUGGCACCAAAGUCUCUUGGUUUUCUGUCAACGUUAUGCUUCAGAUAUGACUCCCGACCAGAAAGAUGCUCUGUUAGAUGUAGUACGCAUUCAAUAUCACCCUCAAAUUGGGCCCGAAAUUCGAAGAGAGCUUGUCCACUCUGUAGCACGUGGGGAGCCGAGACCGACAGAGGAUGUCGAGAUGCGGGGCGCUUAA